AACCUGGUUGCGUCUUACAAGGAGACUCGGAAUGGCCUGGUGGGAAUGGAUUACUCAACCAAAUUUGCACCAUGGCUGGCGCUGGGCUGCAUUUCACCUCGAUACAUCUAUGAGCAGAUCCAGAAGUAUGAAAAAGAGAGAACAGCAAAUCAGAGCACGUACUGGGUCCUCUUUGAACUGCUGUGGCGGGAUUAUUUCCGAUUUGUGGCCCUGAAGUACGGCAAAAGGAUUUUCUCAUUAAGAGGGCUUCAAAGUAAAGAGAUCCCCUGGAAAAAGGACCUUCAGCUCUUUGACUGUUGGAAAGAGGGCAAAACAGGCGUUCCUUUUGUCGAUGCCAACAUGCGAGAGCUGGCUGUGACCGGCUUCAUGUCUAACAGAGGGCGGCAGAAUGUCGCCAGCUUUCUCACCAAGGACCUGGGUCUGGACUGGAGGAUGGGGGCAGAAUGGUUCGAAUACCUGCUGGUGGAUUACGACGUCUGUAGCAAUUACGGUAACUGGUUAUACAGCGCUGGUGUUGGCAACGACCCGCGGGACAACAGGAAGUUUAACAUGAUUAAACAAGGCCUGGAUUACGAUGGCAAU